CUGUGUUUGCGUGUAUAUAUAAAUGCAUAUCGCCAGUCUCAUUUUCAACCAAUACGAAACUGCUCUCUCCCUCCAAAUUUAGCAACACGCUACUCACCAUUCACCACCCACUAACACCAUGGCUAAGCAAAAGGUGGUUAUCAAAGUGACCAUGUGUUGCCCUCAGAAAUCUCGCGUCAAGGCCAUGAAGAUUGCAGCUACUACUGAUGGGGUUGAAUCAGUAGCAUUGAAGGGUGAUGACAAGGACCAGAUAGAGCUGAUCGGAGAAGGAAUCGACACGGUGGAGCUCGCCAAGUGUCUGAGAAAACACGUCGGCCGUGCAGAUUUAGUCAGCGUCGGUCCAUUCAAACCCGAAGAGAAGAAAGACGACAAGAAGGACGAGAAGAAGGAUGACAAGAAAGACGACAAAAACGAUUUCGUGCCCAUAUAUUACUAUUACCCUCCGUACAAUUACGGUCCUGCUCCAUGCUAUAGUUACGAGCCGUAUUGCCGCGACCCUUCUUGCUCCAUCAUGUGAAUCCCGUCUGAUACCCGAUCUGAAAACCGAAAAUCGAUAAUUUAGUCAAUAAUGGUGUGAUUUUUGAUUAAAUUUCUGCGAGAAUGGCGAAAAAGAAGUUAAAAAAUAAUCGCAAUUAAUUCUGUUAGGUCUUCAAACUCUUGAAGGUCUGUUCAUAGACAGUGAUAUAUACUUGCAAUUUUCUGUAAACUGCUGGGAAUGUUUCUUCUUGUUUCGGGAUGAUUAUUGUUUUCACUAAUGAUCAGUCCUAAUUAUCCAAUUAUUGGAUUUUGUUCUA